AUGAACGCGGUAGCAGAUCUUCUCUGUUUGUUGGCGUGCCUCACUGCAGUGACUUGUGACCGGGUCUAUGUCCACCCUUUCAAUUUGUUUUCUUUCAACAAGAGUACCUGUGAGGAGCUGGAAAGCCUGGUCCAGGAAGGAAAGAAAACAUUUGUCCCUGUUUCCAUCGAGUCCCAAACUACCCCUGCCUAUGAAGAUGACCUGAAUGACAAGGACAAGCUGGAAUCCCCGAGCUUGAGUGGCCGGGGGAGGCAGAAACUGAGCCACAUGAAGAACUUAGUGUAUGUCCUGGGUGUGCGGCUCUACAGUGUACUGCAGAAAGCUCAGCAGGGCCAAAAUGUGCUCCUGUCACCAACCAGCCUUUAUGGCUCCUUGGUGGCUUUCUACCUGGGUGCCUCAAACCAGACAGCAGCCAAUUUGCAGGAUUUGCUGGGAUUUGUUCCACCUUCUGGGGACCCUGACUGCACUUCCAAGGUGGAUGGACACAAAGUCAUUUCCAGCCUGAGGACAAUCGAGAGCCUCGUCAAGAGCAGGGACGAGGAGCUGCUCUUUUCCAAGAUGCUCUACCUGUUCUCUGCCCCUGGCAUACCUCUAUCCCAGCUGUUUGUGCAGGACUUGCUCCCCUCUGCUGAUGCUCUCUUCGCCCGAGCUGUUGACUUCACAAACCCAAGUGAGGCAGCAAAGCAAAUAAACACCUUUGUGGAGGCCAAAAGCGAGGGCCACAGCAAGUGCUUACUGACAGACGUCGAUCCAUCUGCCGACCUGCUGUUUGCAGCGGAUGUCCGCUUGGCAGUGAAUGUGAAGCAAGCCUCCCGGCUCAAAGAGCCUCAGGAAUUCUGGGUGGAUUCCAACAAGAAGAUCUUGGUCCCUAUGUUGUCAGUUACGGGGACGUUCAAGUACCAAACUGAUGCCAGUGGGACUUUUUCUGUGGUGGAAGUCCCCAUCAGCAAGACUGUGCUGCUGGUGCUGCUGCAGCCCAUCAAUGGCAGCGUGCUGGAGCACAUGGAGUCUGAGUUGUCAUUGCAGUUCUCAGUCUGGCUUCAGCAGCUGUCCCCAAGGGAAAUUAAAUUAACGCUGCCAGAGUUAACAAUACAAGGCAGCUCUGAUCUACAGGAGCUUCUUGCAGAUAUGGAACUGCCUGCACUGCUGGGGAAGGGGGCAGAUCUCAGUAAAAUUAGUGAUGCCAAUCUAACCGUUGGAAAGGUAAUAAAUAAAGCCUUUUUCAAACUCACCGGUGAUGACUCACAUCAGCCAGAAGCCCCUGCAGCCCAGAAGGAAGAUGUGGCAUACCUGGAUGUAACAGUAAACAAGCCAUUCCUUCUAGCUGUUUUUGAAGAGAAGUCAAGGGCAAUGCUUUUCCUUGGCAGAGUAACAAACCCUCUGCAUGGGGUUUAAACACAAGCACGGCAGAUGGGGAGGGAGUGGGAUGAUGCAUAUUUCCCAUCACCUUUUUCUUAUUUCAUCAGCCGUUUUUAUGAUCUUGUUGAGUGCUCUACUUAGCUUUCAGAUGAAGCA